AUGCGCAAGCCCUGUGCUUGCAGCAGGCUUGCGGUCGGCAUGGUUGGCAGCCAGCGGGCAGAGGUACCACAGGGCAGUGGCGCCUACGGCCGCUGCUCACGCAGGGUGAUGUGCCGUAGGGCAGCGGCGCCUGUGGCCAUUGCUCCCGCGGGCAAAACUCCCGGCGAGGCAGCACCGUUUGCGGGCGUUGCCUCACAGGCAGAACCGCCGACGGAAGGGGCGGUGCCCGCCCGCGGGGGCAACGCUACCCACGGGGGCGCCCACCUGCAAGGGCGGCGCCUCGGCCUCAUUGCACCUGCUGCCACCGGUAGGGUGGCGGCGGCAGCAGCAGCAGCGAAAAGGGAGAGGGGCUUAGGGUUUUUUGGCAAAAAGACAAUAUCGUUUGGGAUACCACUGGCAUCAAUAGUUUUAGCGAUCACAGGACAGAUUGCCAAUGUCGCGCAACUCGCGGGACUUGACGCUGUCCGCCUCAUCAUCAUCAUCGUGGAGGCCGCUGCGAAAGCACGAAUCCAGAAGAAGAAUUGUCGAGAACUGUCGGAUUACUUGCAGCUCAUUGGCCAUCUCUUGGAACCACUCGACAUGUCGGAUCUCAAGACGUAUCCUGAGACGAGAGCGGUAUUGGAGCGACUGGAGAAUGCUCUGAAGAAGGCCUACAUUCUCGUCAACAUUUGCCAGAAUCAUAGCUUUUUGUAUCUCAUGGCCAUGGGGUGGAUGCUUGAGCAUCGGUUCCAGAAGGUAGAAGCGGAGAUAGAACGGUAUUUGAGGCUUAUUCCGCUCAUCAAUCUCGUGGACGUCCAGCGAGCCAAGGCCAACCACAGAAUGGGAAGUCUACUUUGCUCUAGAGUCGAAAAUGCAUUCCUUGGGAUCUUCAGACGCACCAAUAGGCUUCAGGUAGAAAAACCAGCAAGAAGUGGACUUGGACUUGGAGUCGAAACAGCAGCAGGAACGGGUGGUACCGGAGUCGAGGUCGAUGCCAACCCAGACCUUGAGACCUUCCCGCUUAGCCAAUUGAAGCGUGCCACAAGGAACUUCUCGCAUGGGAACAUUGUUGGGGAAGGAGAAUUCGCAGUCGUAUACAAAGGUCGGAUGGAUGACAAAUUCGUUGCUGUAAAGACAUGGAAGCUAAACACCAACCAAGGGUUACAGGAGUGGGUGAACGAGAUGAACGUUUUGCGGAAGCUGUCGCAUCCCAACCUCAUCAGGCUGCUGGGCUACUGCAAGGAAGAGAACGCCGCGUUCCAUCUCGUCUACGAGUUCAUGGCUAACGGGAGCUUACAGGAUCAUCUUCUUGAGAAAGGGAAGCCACCGCUCUCGUGGAAGCUGAGAAUUAAAAUAGCAAUCGGUGCUGCUCGAUGUCUUCGUUUUCUACAUAAAUCGAACAAGCGCAUCAUCCAUCGGGACGUGAAGCCCUCGGUCAUCCUGCUUGACUCCGACUUCAACCCAAAGCUAUCCGGCUUGGGUUGGUCAUUGUCAUUGAAGGGCCGGACCGGUAAGCGGGGUCGUGUCUCAACGCAUGUCUUGGGCACACCUGGAUAUUUGGACCCCCAGUGCAUCACCACUGGUCAUCUGGACGCGAAGACGGACGUGUAUGCAUUCGGGAUAGUGUUGCUGCAGAUGCUCACUGGUCGGAAGGUGUUCGAUCCUGAUCGACCGUGCGCUGAACGCCACUUGGCACAGUUCGCCAAGCCCCAUCUCUCAUCGGAUGCCAAAGAGCUAGCGAGUCUAAUGGACCCAAAACUCAAUGGGGAGUAUCCUUCGGCGGCCGCUUCUCGACUGGCCCGAAUCAUCGAAGCAUGUAUCGAGAAGGAGCAUAAGCUCCGACCAACCAUGAACGAUGUUGUGAAAGCCCUCGAGAAGAUUGACGCCAUAAGGAUAGGAGGAGAUUAGAAGCUGUUCAUAAUUCUGUUAAUAUUCUGUAAAUAUUGAAAUAAUAUUCAGAGGUCGUCGGACUUGUGGCUGGAAUUAGAUGAAUGGUUCCAAGCGUUCAGUCUUCUUCAGUCGGUCGAACCUCCUCCCA